AUGCUCAAUGAAGUUCUGGACGCCUUCCAGCCUGUCACCCUCAACGUGUACCUGGAUUGCACGCUGGGCGCUGGGGGCCAUGCAGCAAAAAUUGCGUCCGCGCACCCCGAAAUGCAAAUGUUGCUGGGCAUCGACCUGGAUCCUACCGCGCAUGUCGUGGCGGAGCCACGCAUCCGUGCAGAAGCGGCGGGCCGCAGCGCACGGCUGGACGUGCGGCUCCUGCGAGGGAACUACAGAGAUCUCAAGCGGCUUUUGGCAACGGUCAGCACCCCGUCACCUCGGCCAAACGGCAUCUUGAUGGACCUGGGGAUUUCCUCUAUGCAGAUUGACACUGCCGAUCGGGGCUUCAGCUUCAUGCGCGAUGGGCCGCUUGACAUGCGGAUGGACCCCACUGCAGCGCUUAGCGCGGAGGAGGUGUUGAAUACCUGGUCAGAGGCUGAGCUUGGUCGCAUCAUACGGGACUUUGGGGAGGAGAAGCUCUGGAAGGUGGUUGCCCGCAGGAUUGUGCAGGCGCGGGAGGUAGCGCCAAUUCGCACGACUCAGCAGCUCGUGAAAGCAGUUGGACAGACGCAACUGGUGGGCAAAAGUCCAAGGAAAGCCUCUGCUAAAGGGAUACAUCCAGCAACCCGGACCUUUCAGGCAUUACGCAUAGCUGUAAAUGACGAGCUCCAAAAGCUCGAGAAGACUCUGCCCGAUGCUAUCGACGCGCUGGCGCCAGGAGGGCGCUUGGCAGUGAUCUCCUUUCAUAGCCUGGAGGAUCGUAUUGUCAAGCAUGCAUUCAUGCGAGCUGCUGGGAGACCCACGCCCGAGGAGGAGAACUUAGUCUACGGGCAAGACAAUGCUCUGGAGACGGAGGCGAACGCACGCGCGCGUAGUGCCAAACUACGAAUACUUCAGAAGCUUCCGGACAAGUUGUAG